GUGGAGGAGGGGCAAAUUCAUCCGUGUUAAAAAGGCUCAGAAAUACAUAAACACACACAUGCUCCAGAGUCGUGACUGCACUGAUGGCAUGAUGCCCCAGAAAAGUGUCCUGGCUUCACAUGAAUUGGGCUCAGUGUUGGACCUGAUGAGCAGAACUGGACCUAGCCAAACCAGAACCAGGCUGGUUCAGAACAGAGAAUGCAAAAUAGCCAUGAAAACGUCUCUUUAGGCCGCUGAAUGUAAAGUUUUUUAACCGGGCCUGGCCUGUUUCUGUCUGUCACUGCUCUGACCAAUAAAGUUUGAAAAAAAUAAAUCGAGUGACGUAGAAAUUACGCGACACAAAACAAGCACGUGUGUAUCCUGAUCGUUUCUAGGUUCAAAAUCGUGUUUUCUGAGCUUUAACCGCGCCGUGAUGGGGGAGCAGAGCCGGCUGUGUUCCGUGUGGCUCGGUUCGGAGACCGGGAUCCUGAAGGGGGUCAGUCUAUCCCACAAACAAGCCUUUAACUUCAGCAACACGCGCCAGCUGAGCCGGGACCAGGAGAUCCGCGCGCUGUGUUGGGGGGACCCGACCGAGACCGAACUGCUGCUCGGAAUCGUGGACGGAACCGUCCGAACCUUUAGUACCGAGAAGGGGAUCUUCACCGAGGUUCGUCGCUGCGGGGACCCGGAGGAGGGUUGCUUCAGCGGACUGGCGGUACUCAGCGGGUCCGGUUCCACCCUGCUCACCUGCGUGGACUCCGGGAAGGUGCGGGUCUGGAGGGAGGACUCCUCCGAACCGGUCACCCAAAUCGACGCCGGGAAAAACGUCUGCAAGAUGCGACAGAGUCCGGUGCAGCCGAACCGAGUCGCGACCGGCGGGAAGGAGAACGGCCUGAAGAUGUGGGACCUGGAGCGGCCUGAGAAACCGGUGUUCACCGCCAAGAACCUCCGGGACGACUAUCUGGAUCUGCGGAGGCCGCACUGGGUCCGGGACAUAGCUUUCAUCCCGGACUCGGAAAAGGUGGUCACGUGCACAGGAUUCCACCAGGUGCACGUCUUUGACCCCUCGUCCCCUCAGAGGCGGCCUGUCCUGGAGGCAGAGUAUGGCGAAUACCCGCUCACGGCUCUGUCGCUACCCAGCAGCGGGACCUCGGUGGUGGUGGGGAACACCCAGGGUCAGAUGGCACUGCUGGACCUGAGGAAGGGGCUGGUUCGUGGCUGCAUGAAGGGGCUGUCGGGGGGCGUCCGUGCUCUGCAGUGCCACGCCUCUCAGCCCCUGGUGGCAUCCUGCGGCCUGGACCGCUUCCUCCGCAUUCACAGCCUGGAGGACCGGAAGCUGCUGCAUAAAGUCUACCUAAAGUCCCGGCUGAACUGCGUCCUCCUGUCCAGCCGAGAGCUGCAGGGGGAAGGGGAGGGCCCCACAGGAGAGGAGGAGGUGAAGGAGGAGGAGGACGCAGAGGAUGAAGUUUGGGACAGCAUGGAGAGGGUGGAGGAGAAGGUGAAGAGGAAAGCUAUAGGAGAUGAAGAGGAGAAGGAGAAGAAGAAGAAGAAAGGAACAGACUAAAGGGACGUUUAAGGUGUCAGGAGAACAUGGGACAUUUGAACUUCAACAGCAACAGACAGAAACUCUUGGGACUGAAGCUGUUUCGAAUGUUCACAGAAUCAUCCGAUCAGAACUCGGUUUCUAAAGCAAUCCUGGUUCUGUUGAUCACAUUUUAUCUGUUUAGUUAUUAUUAAAUACAUAAUGGAUCUGA